AUGAUGCCAGAGACUGCAGAUGUGGAUGGCGACGACGUGCCAUCCAUCGCAAACAACCAGUCUGUUAUCGGUGCCCUGUUGCUGGCUUUCACAUACGCAAACGAUGCAGCGUCCAUCGAUGUUGAAGCGGUGUGUGACGAUUUGGACUCCUGUGACACCGUGUGGGGAAGCGUGACAGUGGCCAGGGAUGUACUGGCCACGUACCGUGCCAUGAACUACAUCUGCACAGGGCUGUUUCUGAGCAGCAUCCUGUUCAAUUCAGUUCUCAUCCAUCAGUAUGCUAUUGUUCCAAAGAGCGAGGCAUCUGCUUUGACAAGAAUGCUUGGAUGGAGGAUGCAUCUUUCGACGUGGUUGAUGUCAGCUGCAACCAUCGUAUUCAGUGUGCAAGUUGUUCUGCAGGUCUCGUUGGUGUUCAAGGCCGUCGUCUUCUUGCCCAUCGCAGUCUUCGGUCUUGCAAUCUUCCUGAUCGUCUUUUCUGCCAUCGCAACUCCGCUUUCAGUACACGUGCGAGCAUCAAGGAAGCGCUUGUAUACGAGAGAUCGGGAAGGCUUCAUUGACGGUGUGCUGCUGGCGUGCGAGCACGACUCAGAUGUCGACUAG